GUAGAGAGGCGAGGAUGGAUUGAGACACACAUCUCUCUCUCUCUCUCUCUUUCUUUCCUGCUCUCCUUCAUUCUGCUGAGCUAAUGUGAGGAGCCAGUCUGCCUUCUCUAUCCCUUCUCGGAGGAUUCUGCUCUAGAGGUCAGGUAGUGGGAUGGUGGGACAGGGAGGGAGGGUAGGGCUGGUGGGUCAGUUUGCAGCUUUCUCUGAAUACUUCUCACAAGCUAAUUCAGAGUUACUAAACAUAUAGUCUGUGCUAGUGCUAGAGGAGAGAGUGUGGCAUUUAGUAGGGGAGUUGCUGUGCAGUAUUUUUCCUCCAGGUUUCUAUUUCCUUUUGGUUGUCCUCUGGGAUACGAAAGAGCCAGGAUCACAGCAAGUUCUUACUUUUAGGAAUAAGGUCAAAUCCUGUUUUUUUUGUUCUGGAACUUUUUCUGUUUUUCCAGUGUAUUGAUAUUCUGUGUGGAAUGUCCUUUUGCAGAUGCCCACUGGGAAUUCUGUGGAGAUCUGAAGCUGGCGCAAUGUCUCAGCUCCUGCACAUGGAGAUUCCCAACUUUGGCAGUGCAGUGCUGGACAGCCUGAAUGAGCAGAGGCUGUUGGGCCAGCACUGUGACGUGGCCAUUAUGGUGAAUGGGCAGGCCUUUAAGGCCCACCGUGCCGUGCUGGCCGCCAGCAGCCUUUAUUUCCGUGACCUCUUCAGUGACAGCAGCCAGACUCUGUUUGAACUGCCCUCUUCGGUGGCCCCGUCCUGUUUCCAGCAGAUUCUGUCUUUCUGUUACACCGGCAGGAUGACAGUGACAGCCAGUGAUCAGCUCAUGGUCAUGUACACAGCCGGUUACCUGCAGAUCCAGAACAUUGUAGAGCGUGGGAUGGAUUUGAUGUUCAAGGCCAAUGCUCCAUUCUGUGACUCGCAGACAUCUGCCACAGACGAUCCUCCCAGCCCAAACAACAACAACGCCUCACUGUUGCUAGGCGACCGGCCUACGGCUGUCUGUAAAAUUAAAGAGGAGAAGCUGGAGACCCCUGUGUGUACUCAGAGCGGCGAGCUCAAGCAAACCGAGGAUGAUGCCAAGGGACUCAGGAGUAGAUCUUUGAGGGGGAGUACACUUUUCUACACCACUGGUGCUGGAAACGGGACGCUGAGUGUAGUUCACCCGUAUGAGCACUCAUCAAGAGAUCACUCAAGCCCCGGAGCCUCCAGCCUGCCCACCACGGACAGCCCCACUUCCCAUCAGAACGAGGAAGAAGACUUUGAAGAUGACUCAUAUGACAACCUUACCAGUGGGAAGAUCUAUGGUGUCUCGGCGAGUCUCUAUGGCAUGCAUGAGAAGAUGGAGGUGUCCUCCCUGCCUCCAUCCCUGGAGAGCCGCUUCUGCACGUUGCUCGGAGGGGACAGAGAAGCUCUUCCUGCUGGACUUAUCAGUCAGAUCGGCUACCGCUGCCACCCUGCACUCUACACAGAGGGAGAUCCAGGCGAGAGGCUGGAGCUGAUUGCAGGAUCUGGUGUGUUCAUGACACGUGGGCAGCUGAUGAAUUGCCACUUGUGUGCUGGGGUCAAGCACAAAGUCCUUCUCCGACGCCUGCUUGCUGCUUUUUUUGACAGGAACACACUGGCAGACAGCUGUGGGACAGGCAUCCGCUCCUCCAAUUGUGAUCCCAAUCGCAAACCUCUGGACAGCCGCAUACUCAACACAGUCAAACUUUACUGUCAGAACUUCGCCCCAAACUUCAAGGAGAGUGAGAUGAAUGUGAUCGCCGCAGACAUGUGUACCAACGCACGCCGGGUUCGUAAGCGCUGGCUGCCCAAGAUCAAGUCUAUGCUGCCCGAGGCUAUUGAGGUGUACAGGGGCUCUGUGGUGUUAGGCCAGGUAGACGGAGUCACCCAGCCCAGUCCUUCCUUCCUGUUUGAGUCCGAUUUCAAACACCUGGCCCAGGCAAACCUAACUCUGGAGCAGCAUCUCUAUGGUGACUGCAGAGAGACACUAAGAAAUCACUUCCCAGGAGUCGUUAUAGAGGAGAGAGCUAUCACAGAGACGAACAAGGCUGAAGUGCUGCGAUCACGCUCUGUGGACAAUCCAGAAGAUGUGGCUCCGAGGCAUCUGGAGAACUCAGAGAGAGAAGGGACAGUCCUCGCCAUUAACCCGGCCAGUAAGAGAGUUGACGGGGACAGUAGCAGCCCCAAAAGCCAACCAGAGGAACACAGUGAAGAGCAGGCACUGGUAGAAGACCAGUGAGUUCUCCUUUUCCACACCAUUCUAACCUCAUCUAUUCUUCAAACAAGGAGUGCUAUCACUAAUUAUAUGGCUUCAUGCCACUUAAAUAACAUGUCAAAAUGUGCACGAUGGACAUUGACAUGCAAUGAAUAUAUCAGA